UGUAGAUUCACAACUUUCCUAACUGUAAAUAUGGGGCGCUGGCAGCUGUGGGUAAACCCACGUGUGGCCGAGAGCGACCGAUGGCACUCGAGCCGCGUGGGGCUUGUGCGCUCGUCAGCGAUUCUGGGCGAUCACUUGGUUUCGGAGCUGCGGGAGUUGGCACGCGCGUCUGACGACGACAUGGCGCUGGCACGCGCAGGUCAAUUCUUGAAUAAGAAACUGCGGAGAUUCGAAGAUGAAAGUCGCUUGUUGCUGCGACUUGCGGAUUCAGCUCGAGUUAUUGUACUGCUACAAAGGGCAAUUGAGUCGGUUUUGGACCAGUUGGAAAGUGAACUUCGUGAUAAUUGGGAUCGUAAUUUGGAGUCUGAACGGGCGGAGUUUAUCCAAAAAAUUGACGAAAUAUUACGAGAUGAGGAGAAAUUGACAAAUGAACUGGGAAAUAACAACCGACAAUUGCAGAUUAUGACACUAUUGAAGUACCAAUUGGACCAGUACAGUCACGUCCUGACGCCGAGGGAGCUGGACGUUGUAUGCGAGGUUUUUGACACGAUAGGCCGGCGUGGAAAUGUGAUGGUAGGAGCUCUACCACAUUGGUUUGCGGCGUCGGAGCUAGAGUGGUUCCGAGCCAAAACGACCGUCGUGGAAGAAGGAGAAGAAGCUUGUGAGCGACAGGCUGCUGUUUGGGCCAAGCUUCACCAUCCAAACGUACGAAAGUUUUUCGGUGCGUGUCACGUAGGAACCCCAUUCAUGAUCCACGAAGCGUGCAGUGCAUUGCCACUAUUAAAUCAAACAAUUAAGAGGACGAGGGGGCGAAGAAAGACACGACGUGAGCGAGCUAUUGACAAAAAGCUGAGUAAAAGUGAAGAACUUGCACACCGGAAGGAGACGCAGACGUGGAGACAUGUACUUGGCUGCGCUCUAGGUCUUCAAUAUGUUCAUGAACGAGGACUUGUACAUGAACGAUUGACUGUAGAUAACCUACUUUAUUCACAGGCGUCACAGAAAGGAGUUUUGAGUGGAAUGGGCUUGGUACGUCGACGUAAUUUUGGUAGCUUAGAUUUCCACGAUGCGGAUCCUUUGGAGUCGUCGGAUAUUUUCGCAUUUGGCCUGGCGAUUUUUGAAAUUCUCGUGAAGGACCGCUCGCCAGACAAGAUUGCAACUCGCAAUUCAAAUUUUGACAAUCUUCCAGACGUUCGACCGGAUUUUAUUAAGAGAACCGAAUGGGAUCUUCUUCUACGCAUGUGUACGCCUGACUUAGUUGAUAGUAUCAGUAUGCCGGAUGUUGUACAUCAGCUAAGUGUGUUGGCAAGACGUGAUGCUCCUAUGACUACGAGACUACCCCAUGAUACUCCAGCUACUGUUGAAGACGUAAGUGGGUACGAAAUCCAGACACUGGGGAUGACCCUUGAAGCAACGUUGCAUGAAAUUGAGCAAAUUUGUGAUGAGACGGACUGUGGAAGCUUCAACAAUGUGAAUCGUCCUGUAUGUGACCGCAUAAUGGACGUGUACCAACAUCUUAAAGCUAGUCCGGAUUCAGUGGCCAUGGAUUUAGUGGAGAACUUUAGUCUCAUUGUGCUGCGCUUUUACGACAUGCUUGACCAGCGCAUUUUAGGUGGCACAAGCGUUGUCGCUAGCAUUUGCGCUUCAGGCACAGUGGCGGGCAAGAAUUAUAGUUUUCAUCACGAUAUUGACAUGUUGCUGAGAACGUCUUCAUUGCACAAUACUGCACCAGUUCAUAAUUGGCAAACACAGUGGAAAGAGGCUCGACGACGGCAGAGCAAGACGUUAAAAUCAUGUCUGGAGGAACCAGAACCUUUCUUUAGGCAAAUGUCAAACGACAUUGAGCGAUCCGAAGCAGUAGCAUUGAUACAAUUUGCAGCGAGUACACAGCUGGGCCCCUCGACUGUCAAUAAGUCUGAAGAUCCUCCGUUGUGGUUCAUUCCUCCGUAUCAAGUGCAGCUAGGCCGUCACAUUGCGGAUGGUUCUUUCGGAGCUGUUCACGAAGGAGAAUGGCUAGAUACGGAUGUGGUCGUGAAACAGGUUCUUUUAGAUCCCUCCGAUAAGGAAAACUGGGAACAAUUUCGUCACGAAGCGGAUUUGUGGUUCUCAUUGAAUCAUCCGAAUUUAAUCAAACUUUACGGCGCAUGUCACCAAGGGCGACCGUUUUUCGUAUGUGAGCCAGCUAGUCGUGGAACUCUGGCGUCGUAUUUGAAAGGGAAGAAUCGACGUUUAAUCUGGUUUGCCAUCAGCGAUGUUGCUUUGGGUUUGCAACAUCUUCACGACCGUGGAAUCAUUCAUGGGGAUCUCAAGGGUAAUAAUAUUCUUGUUUGUGAUAAUACCGAGGGGUUGUCUACGGCAAAGUUGGCGGAUUUUGGGUUAAGUAUCGUCGUGAACCACAUAGAGGCCCCAGCUAAUGACGAAAAUGGUGCAUUGGGAGCUUUUCGGUGGAAGGCGCCGGAGUGUUUGCUUGGUGCUCGACCGACUUUCGCGUCGGACAUUUAUUCGCUUGGCAUGUGCAUCAUCGAGGCAAUUACGGGACAGUAUCCGUGGGGGAAUACGAUGCCGGACUCGGUAGUAGUCCGCAAUGUGGCAGAAAUGCAGUCUCUUCCGCCACGACCUGAGUGCAUGAACGAUGACGAGUGGCAUCUAGUAACUCGCAUGUGUCGUUAUGAACCUCAUCGUCGGAUUCCAAUUGGAGCGAUCAUUAACUGUGCGUUCAAUUUUACAUCUAAAAAGUGGUAAAAACAGUAAAACAAUCAUAUUUUUUACCGGGGGA